AUGGCUCAUGCUGAGAAUCACCGGUAUAUUGUGCAGGUGUUUGUGGGAGCACUGUCUGCACAAUAUGAAGCAUUGUCAGUGGAGGCAUCAAAACAAACCAGCUCCGAGGAGAUUGUAUGCUGCAUCGCUGAAAAACUCAAACUAAAUGAUGUAGUCGGAGGACCAUACGAGCUGGCAGAGGUGGUCGGUGAUAUGGUUAGUGGGGAGUGUAAAGAAAGGAGGCUCGGACCGAACGAAUCCCCAGUAGCCGUCAUGAUGCUUUGGCCUAACAACAACUCAGGACAAUAUUACAGGUUUUACUUGCGCGAGAAGAUACCAGAUGAGCCGUGGAUGGAAAACUUCUCAGUUGAUCCUCAGCUCAUAAAAGAUUACUUCCAGAGGUUUCUAUACCAACCCAAGGACCGCGAAUAUCCCGACCUGUGCCAGCUGCCAGAACUAAACGAGCAAACCUUACUCGACAACCUCAGAGCUAGAUUCGCUGCUGGAUAUAUUUACACAUAUGUGGGAUCUAUAUUAAUAGCUCUGAACCCUUUCAAGUUUUACCCGAUAUAUAAUCCGAAGUACGUGAAGCUCUACCAGAACAAGAGGAUAGGGUCCAGCCUACCACCUCACAUCUUCGCGGUCGCGGAUGCUGCGUACCACUGUAUGCUUCGAGAAAGAACUAACCAAUGUAUUGUAAUAAGUGGAGAGAGUGGAUCUGGUAAAACGGAGAGUACAAAUUUCCUUCUUCAUCAUCUAACUGCAUUGAGCCAGAAAGGUUCCCACGGUAGUGGCGUCGAACAAACUAUAUUGAGCGCCGGUCCCGUACUGGAGGCUUUCGGUAACGCUAAAACAGCUCACAAUAACAAUUCCAGUAGAUUCGGAAAGUUCAUACAAGUGAAUUACAAAGAAAAUGGCAUGGUCCAUGGUGCUGUGGUACAGAAAUAUCUUCUGGAGAAAUCUAGAAUAUGCAGUCAAGGUCGCAAUGAAAGGAACUAUCAUGUGUUUUACUAUUUAUUGGCUGGUGCAUCGGAACAAGAGAAGGAACAGUUGCAUCUGCUCAGUGUCGAUAAAUAUAAUUAUCUAUCAAAGACUGGUUGUAGUGUAGUGCCCGGUGUUGAUGAACAGUAUGAGUUUUCAAGACUGAAGCAAUCCAUGGAUAUGGUCGGCUUCACUAUGGACAAACAGAGAAGACUGUUUGCAGUACUAUCAGCUGUACUUCUAUUAGGUAAUGUUGAGUUCCACCCUCAGCGUAAGUCGUACCACCACGACGAGGCUGUUGGUGUACGGAACCCUGAAGUGGUGUCUCUUAUAUCAUCACUGUUGAGGGUCAAACAGGAAACAUUAUUAGCCGCACUCACCUCCAAGAGGGCGCGGGCAUCGGGGGAGACUCUAGUCAUCAACUAUCGUCUUCCCGAAGCAAUAGCAACUCGUGACGCAAUGGCCAAGUGUCUGUACGGAGCCCUCUUCGACUGGAUAGUGAUGCAAGUCAACCACGCGUUGCUGUCCAAGAAAGACACGCUCCGAGACCAUCAGGGUCACAGUAUAGGCGUCCUCGAUAUAUUCGGGUUCGAGGACUUCGGUCCUAGCAACAGUUUCGAGCAGCUGUGCAUCAACUACGCCAACGAGCACCUCCAGUACUACUUCAACCAGCACGUGUUCAAGUACGAGCAGGAGGAGUACCGGCGGGAGGGCAUCCGGUGGACCGACAUCGGCUUCUCCGACAACACGGGCUGCUUGCAGCUCAUAGAGGGCAAGCCGGGCGGGCUGCUGUGUCUGUUGGAUGAUCAGUGCAAUUUUCCAUGGGCGACAAACGAGACGUUGCUUCAGAAGUUCAACUCAGUCCACGAAGAUAAUCCCUUCUACGAGAAACCGCAGCGGCGAGAACCUGCUUUUGUUGUUAGACAUUACGCUGGCAGGGUUAAAUAUCAAGUGACGGCCAUGAGAGACAAAAAUUUGGAUCUCAUGCGACAGGAUAUUGUAAGCGUUUUAAAGAAUUCCUCAUUGGCGUUCGUGCGGGAACUGGUAGGUGUCGAUCCUGUAGCUGUGUUCCGAUGGGCCAUCGUGAGGGCGUUUUUUAGAGGAUACUUCGCAUUUUUAGAAGCUGGUAGAAGACAUCGGGUAAAUAGAGUUGAUGGAGCGUCCAGAGUACCCCGACCCUCCAUCCAAGCGCCUAAUGACAGCAUCAUAAGGGGGGUGACCCGCGGCGGGGGGUGUAGGGCGCGCGGCUACAGGCUGGCCGACACGCGCGCCAGGCGCCACGAGCGAGCCGACCGCCUCGACGACCACGACGUGCUGCAGCGGGCCAGCCUCAUCGUCAUGAAGAACAAGUCGUUCAGGCCACGGGAGCGCGCUAAGAAAGGUCUCAAGAACUUACAGAGUGUGAAGACGUUAGCGGGACGGACGGCGCCCGCCGGGAAAAGAAAGCAACCACUCACUGUAGCGGCGCAGUUCCAACACUCGCUGGCACAACUCAUGGAGACGCUCAACCAAGCUAACCCGUUCUUCAUCAGAUGCAUAAAAUCCAAUAGCGACAAAGUACCGAACGUGUUCGACGAGGAGACAGUGCAGCGGCAGUUGCGUUACACGGGCAUGUUGGAGACGGUGCGCAUCAGGCAGGCGGGCUACAACGUGCGGCUCACCUACGACGAGUUCAUACAGCUGUACAGGAUACUACUGCCCAAGGGGCUGCUCAGCUCACAGGCAGACGUGAGGCACUUCCUCGCGACACUCAACUUGGACAGGGAUAACUAUCAACUGGGCGCUACAAAGAUCUUCAUGCGUGAGAGCGAGCAGACCAAGUUGGAGUAUCGUCUCCAUCAACAGAUCAUGGCGUCCAUCAUCACUAUACAGAGGUGGUUCAGGGCCGUGCUCGAGAGGAGGAGGUUCCUGGCGCUCAGGAGGGCCUCGCUCGUCAUACAGACAUACUGCAGACAAUGGCUGGUGAUCCGUCAAGAGGCUGCAACACGUAUCCAAGCGUAUUUCCGCGGCAGUCGUGUGAGACGGUGGUACUUACGACUUAAGGAAUCAGUCGUGGGCUUCCAAGCGGCGGCCAGGGGCUUCCUACUGAGGAACACGCUACCGGAACUAAGGAGACGACUACCCUUGAAGAACAAGCAUGAGAGUAAAGCGGCUCUAGUACCGGAGACGGCCGUGUUCAAGAGUACGAGCAUAGAGAAACUUAAGAAUAUCAUUGACAUUCAAUUAAAUAUGCUUAUACAAGAAGAAGCGGAGAAAACAAGACAACUACGAGCAACACAAUCACUGCCCAUAGCGAAUUUAACGAAAAAACGAGAUAACUUACUGGAGAACUCCACGGCGCAUACUUACAAUAAGAGAAGGGCGUUGAGGACGCUCAACAUACAGGAGACGUCCAAUAAAGAGAGCAAUGCGAGCCUUCAUCAAGAAACAAAUGAAUCGUCCCCAGAAGAAAGUUGGAACGUUAAUUCAAGUAAAUACCCUCAAGGUAUAGUGGCCUGGUCCAACAAGAUCACGCCCGAAGACUUGGCCAAGGAACUACUGUGGCUGAGGAUCGACCAGAACUAUCUGAUAGCCGAAAAGAAUAAGCGAGAACGUGAGCUCGCGGAGUCUAUAGCGAGCAGCAGUGAGGAGUAUCUGAGACAAGUGGGAGAUUGGAGUCCUGGGGAGAGCUCCGAUACUACCAAGAGCAGCUCCAGACGGACAUCCCCUCAAGUUUACCAGCGUAGUUUAUCGAGUACCACGUUAGAGCCGCCGUCGCGAGGCCUGCACAGUCUGCCGCCUGUCAGACGGGACCCGCGGGACAACAGGGACUCCAGGGAUCAGAGGGACUCGCGACCUGACUCACAGGCAGAUGCGGGCUGCGUGUCUGUGUCUUCGGUGUCCCGCGAGCCUCCCCCCGCCCCGUCGGGGCCGGCGGUGCCCCCCGCGCCCCCCGUCCGCGCCGCCCGCCGGUCCCCGCGCCGGGCUGCCGGGGCCCCACAGAUAACGCUGCCGAACACCGAACAUGGAGACAUCAAACGAGCUGCCUCGGAAGUGUCUGUGGGUGCAGGUGAAGCUCUCCGUCGUCGUAACUCAGACCCGGCGCCCGAGCCGCGCCCCCCCUCACAGGACUAUAUCGGACAUACGGCCAAUGGACUGUUCGGAAUCGCUGGCCACAGGUUCCGCAAGGGCACGAGGUUCGCGAAAGGCGACAAAUGUGUGUACUGUCACACAGCGAUCGACGCGUUCGUGACCCAGGGCCAGAGGUGUAUCGACUGUAAACAGUUGUACCAUACGAAGUGUAUUCAGAACAAGGGCGUUAUCACCAUGCCGUGCCCGAGCCCCGUCACAGUGGCUGUGCGGAACAGGAAUAAACAUAGAAAGAGGAUAAUGAUGAAGGAGUCUCCAUAUAAUUUAACGGGCGACCAGCCUAAAGCCCCCGCGGCCGGAUCAAAUUUCAGUCUGACCGGUACUUCAGAGUUCAUUGACCGGACCGACAAGAUCAUAUCCGACGCCAACGAGCUACAAGCCAUGCAGAGCUUCAUCACAAAGAAGAUAUACUUGAUGGAGGCCUCCGAACAUGAGAAACAAUCAGAGGUUGAUAGAGUGUUCAAACACGCCCUACGAGAAUUUAAAGACAAUUUAGUAGCUACGUACAGCGUGGUGGAGACUAGGGGAUCGGCUUUGAAAUACAAAGACUUGAUCGGUAACUUCUUACACGUGAUGGAAACGGUGUGUGCGAGAGAGGGAUCCACGUUAUCUAUCACUAUGGGAGUGAACGCGUUCAGAGGAUUCAUGGACGAAUUCAUGAGCCAACAUGAAACUGAUAAAGCUAGGACCAAGAGAAAAAAGGACAAAAAGAGAAAGUUGGACGACCCCAUCCAGUACAAGGGCCACAACUUCAUACUGACCAUGAUCAACAUACCGACCGAGUGCGAGAUAUGCAAGACGUUCUUCAUGUGGCCCAUUGAGAGGUCGCUCAUCUGUCAGACGUGCCGCCUCGCCUCGCACAAGAAGUGCUACAUGAAGGUCUCGACUCAUUGUCGUAAAGACGCGGGCACACCGUCGGCUGCCAUCGUGGGCGCGGUGGACGCGGGGGGAAGGGAACAGUUCGGAGUACUACAGAGAGGGAAGGUGUUUGGAGUGCCAUUAAGUGACCUGCCAACCGGUGAGGGCAACAUCCCCGUAGUAGUGGACCGCCUCAUCACUACUAUAGAGAUGACUGGACUGUACACCGAAGGACUCUAUAGGAAGAGUGGACUUAGUUCUAAGGUCCGUGAGCUCCGCCUUUUACUAGACGAGCGUCCGGAGGAGGGCGUGGAGCGUCUGGACUCGUACGCGGUGCACGUGCGCGCGUCCGUCCUCAAGAGCUUCUUCAGGGAGCUGCCCGAGCCGCUGCUGACCUUCGACCUCUACGACGACUUCAUACUGGCCGCCGAGAUCACGGACCCACAGGAACGAGUGUCAACAAUUUUCACAAUAUUAAAGAAAUUACCGAAACCUAAUUAUGAUAUGGUCGAGAGACUGAUAUUCCACUUGGCGAGGGUGGCGCUGGGAGAGGAUCAUAACAGAAUGGGUCCGAACGCUUUAGCGAUAGUUUUCGCGCCCUGCAUUCUUCGUACUCACAAAGUACAACCGGCCCAGGACUCACUUCACGAUAUAGCGAGACAAACGGCCUGCCUUGAAGCCAUACUCGUGGAUAAGAUUAACAAUACUCGCGGUACGCUAGCGGACAUCGCGACCUUAGACAAGGCGUGCGCGACCGCCUCCGACCGGCUCACGAUGAUGAGAAGGAGCGCCGCCUGCAGGCCCGAGGAGAGGAUACUGGAGGGACACAUACACGAGAUACAGAAGGAAAAGGCCAUACUCACAUCAAACCUACCCUCGCUGUUCAGACGACGACCUUCUAUCGACAACGGAUCACGACGGAGAGUUCGGUAG